AUGAAGGAGGACCUAGCAGCGGAACCAGUUUUCACUCAAAUCAACAUCCCACCAAACCACAUGACCCCGAAUCCAAAGAAAACAACUUCCUUACCACCACUACAGAACAUCCAUCGAGGAAUCACCACAACACUGGAGAUUCUCAAGAAGAAAGAUGCUAUAGAGGAACUGGAGAAGAACUACCCAUCAUCAAGAACAAACUCGAUAAUGCUAGACUCCGUGAGUUCGAUCGAGUUCAGCACAGAAGUGAGCGAAGUAAUAGUGGUCUUGUGCCCCAGAACGAUGUCCAAAUGUGGAAUGAGCUUAGUCUCAGCCCAAACACAAGGUUCGCUGAAGCCACUAUUGAACUUAACCCCUAUCCUGAGUCUGAAAAGGAAGUCUCCACCCCCUCUAGUGCCCAUCCUGCCAGGCCCAUCGAGCCUUCACGAGGGAUCUCACCUACCACCCACAUCUCCAAUGAUGAACUACAUUAUAUGGAAUGUUAGGGGGGGUAAUGGUGCCGAAUUCAAAAGGCACUGCCUUGAAAUGGUUAAGAUGUAUAGGCCGACAAUGCUAGUUCUGUUAGAAACCAAGAUGGCUGACCACCAGGCACUGGCCAAAACCCUGGACUUUGAUAUGAUCAUUCAAUCUCCAGCGGUGGGGUCUUCUAGGGGCAUUGUGUUCAUGUGGAAGGAGGACCUGGUAGCUGUGGAGGAAGUGGCCACUACCUCCCAAGGAAUCCACGCAAUGGUGAAGGUAAGACCUGACCAACCUCCCUGGUUUUUCUCUGCUAUUUAUGCAAGUAACAUUCUCUCUGAAAGAAAACUCCUAUGGGAGCAGCUAACAACCAUAGCUAGAACCACCAGUGAAAACUGGUUCAUUGGUGGAGACUUCAAUGAAGUCUUGAAAGCUAGGGAUAAGUUUGGGGGAAACCCUAUAAACCUUAGCCGUAGUAACCAAUUCUGGAAUUGCAUAAAUAAGUAUAAUCUCAUUGACCUGGGAUACAAAGGUAGCAAAUACACAUGGACCAACAAAAGAUAUUCCAACUGUAAUACUCUAAUUCUGGAAAGGAUUGAUAGGUGUUUUGCUAACGAAGGCUGGAUUAAACAGUACCCUGAGGCCUUCAAGGACCAGCCCACCCUCCUUCAAUCCAUUGAUGAAUUCAAAAAACUGGCAACCAAAUGGAACAAGGAGGUCUUUGGUAACAUUUUCCACCAAAAAAACAGACUCCUAGCCAGGAUCAGUGGCAUCCAAAGGUCAGCUAGCUACCAAUUCAGUAGCUUCCUGCAAAACCUUGAGUCUGAGCUAAACAAUGAGCUGAACCUCAUUCUCAAAAAUGAGGAAGACUUCUGGAAGCUGAAAUCCAGGAUCAACUGGCUCAAUGAUGGAGAUGCCAGCACAAGGUUCUUCCACACUUCUACCCUAAAUAGAAGGAGGAGAAACAGGAUCCUCUCCCUCAAAGAGGACAAUGGUAACUGGAUCACUGAUCAAAAAGAGAUCCAGUCCACCAUUGUUGAUUUCUUCACUAAGCUCUACACGACCUCCCACUUUGAAGUCCCUUGGGCAACCACUAAUCACUCCACCAUGGAUCCUACACUGCUCCAAAGCCACAAGGCCUUCAUGGACAUGCCCCUCCAAAUGUCUGAAAUAAAGAAGGUUGUCUUCUCCAAUAAACCUUUCAAAUCACCUGGCCCUGAUGGCCUCCACCCCUUCUUAUACAAAAAAUACUGGGACGUUGUGGGGGAAUCUGUCUCACAAUUCUGCAUGAAAUGCUUCAACACUUGUUCCAUGGACAGCACCAUGAACCAAACCCUUUUAUGUCUAAUUCCAAAAUUUCCCCAAGCUUGCUGA